GGGCCGCCGCGGCUGACGGGGAUCCCGGGCGCCCUAACCAGGAACGUCCCGCUCUGGCGGCGGCGGGCGGGUGCAGCAGGGCCGUGAGGGGACGGGGAGCGCCAGGUGUCCCGAGCAUCGCUAUCGCAGGGAGCGGCCGCGGGGGGAAGCCGCCUUUCCAAAACCCGCUCCGGCCAAAAAGUUGUUGGAAGGGCACACAGAGAUGGUGCAGGCAUGCUGAGAGAGAAAGAAACUCGAGGGGAAGUGUUUUUGCACACUUUAUCCUCAGUCAGAGGCUAGGGAAGAGCUAAGUUAUGUUUUUUUUCAAAGUAUGGCCCAGUAAUGUCUUUAAUUAUGUUCCUAGGAAAGUACAGAUAAAAAUGGAAAAAAGGCAUCUUUCCAGACUGACGGUGCUGCUUAAUGCCACAGCAGCCAUGCAGAUGGAAGCAUUACUGCUUGGUGUUGUCCUCUUUGGUGUGCCCACAGGCAAUUUACUGCCCCUUCACUUGCCCAUCUAAAAUAUGCAGUUUCCUGCAUACUACAGGUUUGCACGCUCUGACCAUGAGCAGCAAUUCCUCCCUCAGCAAUGGGAAGGGCCUGAGGAACCUGACCACUGAGGAAGAUGGGGCAGUCAGAGUCACCGAAUCCAUUGCUAUAAUUGUCAUUGCCAUCUUCAUCUGUUUGGGCAACCUGGUGAUUGUUGUCACCCUGUAUCGCAAGUCGUACCUUCUCACCUUGAGCAACAAGUUUGUGUUCAGCCUGACCCUCUCCAACUUUCUACUCUCCGUGCUGGUGCUGCCUUUUGUCGUGACCAGCUCCAUCAGGCGAGAAUGGAUCUUCGGCGUUGUUUGGUGCAAUUUCUCAGCCCUGCUCUACAUGCUGAUCAGCUCAGCCAGCAUGCUCACUCUGGGACUCAUAGCUAUAGACCGGUACUACGCUGUGCUGUACCCUAUGGUUUAUCCAAUGAAGAUAACGGGCAACAGAGCAGUGGUAGCUCUUGUGUACGUCUGGCUGCAUUCCCUUAUUGGCUGCCUCCCUCCCCUUUUUGGCUGGUCCUCUUUGGAAUUUGACCAAUUCAAGUGGAUGUGCGUGGCAGCCUGGCACAAGGAGGCUGCCUACACGGCCUUUUGGCAGAUCUGGUGCGCGCUGCUGCCGUUCAUGGUCAUGAUGAUCUGCUACGGAUUCAUAUUCCGUGUGGCAAGGAUUAAGGCCCGCAAAAUCCACUGUGGGACUGUUGUCAUUGUGGAGGAGGACUCGCAGAGGAAUGGGAGGAAGAACUCCAGCACUUCCACGUCCUCCUCUGGCAGCCGAAGGAACGCUUUCCAAGGGGUUGUUUACUCAGCCAACCAGUGCAAAGCUUUCAUAACCAUCUUGGUUGUCAUCGGGGCUUUCGUCAUUACGUGGGGACCUUACAUGGUAGUAAUAACAUCAGAGGCACUUUGGGGUAAAAACAGUAUUUCCCCUGCUUUGGAGACAUUGGCUACAUGGCUGUCCUUUUCCAGUGCCAUUUGCCAUCCGCUAAUUUAUGGGCUGUGGAACAAGACCGUGCGCAAGGAGCUCCUGGGAAUGUGCUUUGGGGAUCGGUAUUACCGCAAGUCCUUUGUUCAGCGGCACAGGACAUCGAGGCUCUUCAGCAUUUCCAACAGGAUCACAGAUUUGGGACUAUCUCCUCAUCUUACUGCCAUCAUGGCAGGUGGGAGGCCACUGGGAAACAGCAACAGCACAGGAGACACAGGUUUCAGCUGCUCACAGGAUUCAGGAACAGAUACAAUGCUUCUUGAAGAUUAUAGCUCAGAUGGCCCUCAUGCCCCACACUGCAUCUGUCCCCCUCGAAGGAGGAGUUCAGUGACAUUUGAAGAUGAAGUGGAACAAAUUAAAGAGGCUGCAAAGAAUUCUGUUCUUCAUGUAAAAGCUGAAGUCCAUAAAUCUCUGGACAGUUAUGCAGCCAGUCUGGCCCGAGCUAUAGAAGCUGAUGUGAAACUGAGCCUUUUUGGGGAAGAUGCUUUACCAGGAGCCCCAUUCCCCUCGUGGACUCUGGCAGGAAGCAGUGGGAACACCCGGCGUGGUGCCAGGCCCCAUGCCAGCCAAAGACAGAAGCUGCAGAGCAUCGAUGAAGGGAACAUUUGACAGGAGCACUGGAGUAGGAAAACAGAAUGAAACCACUAAGCAGGGCCUACUGCAGCUGGUAGUGUUUCACCAGAACCAGGACACCUUGUUGGGAUGUUUCCACUGUUUUUUCAACACCUGGAAACAGCUGUGUUCCAGUACUUGCAUUAGUGUUUUACAGCAGUGUUUGUUUACUGGUUGGGGUGCUACUGACUCUUCUGCCACGUCAUUAUCACACAGUGCAUAGGAAUGCAGGGCUUGGUUUCAUUGACCACAUCAUUAGUCAGUUGAAUCUUGGGCCCAUUGGCCAAGUUGGUACAGGAACAAAACAGAAAAGGUAUGUGCAGUGUUUAAUUCAUUGUUACAUCCAUCCUCUUCUGACCAUCAGGAUAGUCAGUUGAUACUUGACAGCUGGAGUGCUCUGAUAGGAGCUUGUGCAUUGGAUAAGACAUAAAGCCUUACUCCCAGCUGAGCAAUGCGGACUUCACUAAGGACAAAACCUGAACUUUUCAGAGAGCUCAUGCAGAUUAUGGUCCUACUUGACCUUUGCUGGGGGAUAUUUCUGUCUGUUCAGCCAUCAGAAUGCCAGAUCUGACAUUGGACUGUGCUUUGCUUCAGCAGCAUGGAUACCAGCUCCUCUGGAUGUAAUGAAUGGGAGUAAACAUGUGCUGGGAACAGCACAGAGAUGGGAUUUGAGGAACUCAUUAGUGUAGAAUUCUUAGUUUCUCCGAGAACUUCAGCUCAUGUUUUGCUGUUAUUAAAAGAACACUCUGUGGCUGUGCUAAAGUUGACAGAAUAUAAAUAAGAUAGUACCAUUUCAUAUUCAGGAUUCAUCUUCUAGAGAAAAGAGAGUUAGCUGGGUUUUUUUUUUUAAUCAUGAGGGAAUGUAGUAUUUAAGCUGUAGUUACCUCAGUGCUUCCAUUUCUUGGAGUAUUAAUUCAUUAAUCUCAAAAAUAAGAACAUUUGGCACUUAUAUUGCACUUUGCAUGUUCUUAAGCACUCUACAGACAUUACCUUGUUGGGCCUUUGUGAGAGGGUUGAUCAGCCCUGCUUGCCAAAGAAGUGGAACUCAGCACAGCCAAGCUGCUGGCAGUGAAACAAGCUCCAAAGGUGGCAAGUUUUGUAAGGAAAAGAGGGAUGAGGUGGAUCAUUCGAGAAUAUCAAGCUUGAGGAACCUUUCUGUGCCUUCGUGGGCUAUCCCCUUCCUUACUUUGAGGGGGUUAAAUCCCUGCCUUACCGUGUAUUUCAAAGAGGAGACAUAAGUGAGCAGGAUCAUUCUUUGGGGGUGGAUGUCAGUAGCAAAUGGAGUUAAGGACUAAGGGUUUGCAUUUGUUUGCUCUGUGUCUGCUCCCCUGUGCCUCUACCUUUCCUCAAAAGUGCUUUGUAUGAGGUUUUGCUGCAGAUUGUUUGGAAACCAGGAGCAGGAUGUUUCCAUCUGGGCAAAACAGGGUGUACACUCAUUAAGUUUUGUCUUUGUGUGACUUAUUCAGAGGCACAGAAGCAAAGUGUUGUGAGGCAGAGCCUCGGUCCAGUACUGUAUUUAGACAUCCUAUUUGUCUUUGUUCCUGACUCAGAGAUGUAUUUCAGCACAAGCUUAUGUCCAUCUCUGGACAAAGCAACUUGACUUUCUGAACUAGCCUGAAUCCCAUAGCGUUCCCAUGUAAAAUAUAACUGCAUGCUUAAAAUUCAGUACAUGGUUUGCUGAUUUAAGAACAGGCUGUUAGCCUUAAGCAAGAACACUUAAGCUCCAGAAAGAUGGCUCUUAGCAUAAUGCAGGAAUAAAUCAAUUAAUAACAGGGAGGUUCUAAAUCCUGCAUUUUUUACUUCUAAUGUGUUAGAGAGAUUGCACCUGUGGGCGCUCAUUAUGAAAAAAAGAACCAAAAAUCCCAGUAUUUGCCGGGAAACGCCCUGCAGCGAGGUUAUUACUGCUGUCGUUAACAUUACAAUCACAGUCGCGGGUAGUACUCAACACUCCUUAAGCUGUACACUUGCCUGGAAGUAUCUCGCGUGCUCCCUUUUAUUCCGUACUCCUGCUUGAAACAAGUUGAGCAGAGCCGUUGCUGAAUGUCAGAAGGGCACACACGAGUAUGAAUGCAUUGUGGAGUAGUAGGUGCUGGCCCAAAACGCUGUGUUUAGGAGAAGAAAUUCCAAGGCACGCGUGGAAGCACAAAAUCCAUAGUGUUGUGUAAAAAGCACGUUUUUCACACAGGUACUGAGACAAAUGCAGCCUUCAAGCAGGUCAAGGGGGUUGCAAGUUUACACCAUAGCUGAAUUUGGCUGCCAGUGUUAAUGUCACUAAUCUGUUAUUUAGUGUAAAUAUUGUUCAUAUUUUUGUACACACGUUAUAACCCUUCCAUAAUUCUGUUAUUACCAGAGUCGUUCUCUCACUUGAGUUGUCAUUAACAAAAGCAGUAAUUCAGAAAUAUACACGUUUUGUAAAACUGUAUUUCCCGUCUUAAAUACAGAAGAGAAAAAACCCAACUUACUUCCA